AUGGACAGCACAAGUUCAAAUACUUUGGAGAAUCCUACAGAAACCGCGAAUGUUUUCAAACUCGAAGCACUUUCAUUAAAUUAUAAUGGGAACAUUUCAAAAUUUAAUCCGUGUUAUAUUUGCAAAAGAGACAUCCUAACUUUUCGAUUGUGCUUGGGUGUGGAGAGGAAUCCGCACUUGUUUCCGGCGACUUGUUUAAAGCUCUUCUGCUGGACAAAAGAAGCAGAUGAACCGGACCACUACGCAAGAUUCCUCAUUGCAAAUUCUAUCACUAUGCAAGAAGCCCCAUUGCAAUUGAGAAUACCAUUAGUAAGUAAGAUUAUAAAAGAUAAUGAAGGAAACAAAACUGGCAUGAUGCAAUAUAAUUUGGAGAAUAAAGCUAAUAAUGAUAUCUCGAUGCAGAGAAUAAUACUAUUCAAUUUGUUCGUCAAGACAAUCAUCGAGGUAAUCAUCUCUAAGGAUUUCUAG